UCCGCCCCUCCAUGUGUUGAGUCCGGCGGGAUAAGGGCAACUCGUCUCCUCCUGCAGCCGAUCAGCUGGACUUCUUCCCAGGGACACAGAAGCAGCACGAAGCCGGAGGGAGGGAGGGGGACGCAGGCAGAGAGUCUCCCGGACAGACCCGACCACAUCCAGGCAGAGCACGGGGUGUCCACCGCACCAUGUCCUUCAGCCCGAAGCACUCCACCCCCUUCUCAGUCAGCGACAUUUUGAGCCCGAUGGAGGACAGCUACCGGAGGUUUGGAGGUAUGGAAGCCGCAGCGGGGAGCCUCGGGUCCCAGCUGGGCGCCUACCGGCAGCCGCAAGUCUCUCAGCCCGGUACGCAGCACCAUCUACACCACCAGGCGCAGCAGCAGCAUCAGUCGCCUCAUCUCCAUCAUCACCACCACCACCAUCACCAUCACCACAUGUCCUCCUCUUCAUCCUCAUCCUCCUCCUCUUCCUCAGCAGCAGCAGCCGCCCUGGGACCCGGCGGGCCCUACCAUCACCAUGUUCCCCACGGAGUGCCGCAGUUCUCCGGGGCCGUCGGAGGAUUCUGCAACGGCGGCAUCGGGAACGUCGGAGACCUGCCGUCCUACCAGGACACGGUGAGGAGCGGGGGGGCGGCAGCGGCGUGGUACAGCAACCCGGAGCCCAGAUACCCGACAAUUUCCAGAUUCAUGGGCCCCCCCGCCGGGAUGAACAUGUCCGGCAUGGUGGGCAGUUUGGCCGGGAUGGACUCCAGCGCCAAGUCUAUGGUGUCGCUGCACUCCGCGCCGCGGAGGAAGCGGCGCGUGCUCUUCUCACAGGCGCAGGUGUACGAGCUGGAGCGGCGCUUCAAGCAGCAGAAGUACCUGUCCGCGCCGGAGCGGGAGCACCUGGCCGGGCUGAUCCACCUCAGCCCGAAUCAGGUCAAGAUCUGGUUCCAGAACCACCGCUACAAGCUGAAGCGGCAGUCCAAAGACAAGACCGGGCAGCCGCUGCAGCAGGACGGGAGCGGCGGCGGCGGAGGAGGAAGCGCUGCGGGUCUGUGCGCGACGAGCCACCGCUCCUCCUCCGUGUCCCCGGUUCUCAGCAAGAACGGUAAAAGCUGCCGGGACGACUCCAGCCACGGAAACCCACAGAGGAGCUCGGUGGAGAUCAUGACUGCGACCCCGCAGCAGCAGGUGAACCAGCUGUCGUCCACGGAGGAGCUGGAGGAUUUGUCCCAAAGUCCGCCGCUCGGCCUGCACGGUCAGAUCAACAUGACGCAGACGGACGCGGCGCUAAUCGAGUACACAAACAGCAUGAUCGGCUCCAAUUUACUGUACGGGAGGACUUGGUAGGGACACCGGGAGGCGGACAGACACGAGCGGGCCUGUGGGGCAUCAUUCCCGGGUUGGAUAUUUUGAGAGAACCGGCUCGAGGACAAAACAAGCACCAACUUUCCGCGCGUAACGUUCUGGUUUCUUUACGCACACAGAGACUCAAAAGACACUCCGUGGUUAUGAGCAAUAAGGUGCAACAAUAAACAGUAUAAUAGAGCCUCGGACUGAAUGUUAAAUAUGUAUUUUCUUCCUCUUCAUAUUUGUUAAGUCUGUUUUUGUAACGACAUGUGACUGCUGCUGCGUUUCAACCUUAACAUCGGAAUUUAAGGGGAUUCAGGAUGAGGCACGCGCACUGUGCUUCCCAUUCAUUUACACGUCAAAUUAAAUUAUUGCAGGUUUAUAUAUAAAGUUAAUACAAAGUGAAGCAAUAGAGGCCGGAUGGAAACAUUAUUCCGCAGUUUCUCGGUUCGGAAUUAAACGAAGAGAAAUAUUUUCAUUGGAAGUAAAAUCAGUAAAAUCUUCUGUCACAAUUUGUUUCCAGUAUUGAAUAAAUGAUAUUUUCAUUUUGGACAUUUCA